CUCAUCCACUAGUCCACACCCCCUUCUUUUGUGAUUUAAGUGCACAUGUUCUCAAUCACUGAAUGCAUUUGUAGGUUACCGGUGGCAAAGAUGUCAGUGAAGAUAUUGGGUUUGCUAGGGCAGUUCAAGGCCUAUUCUGACAGGAUGGGCUCUGGUCCAAGGGGUGCAGGUCUGGGGCUAAAGCUGCUUAUAGGAGCAGGAGCACUUGCCUAUGCAGUCAAGGAAGCCACAUACACAGUGGAAGGUGGACAGAGGGCCAUCAUCUUCAACAGGAUUGGUGGGAUGCAGAUGGACACGGUGCUUGCUGAGGGCCUCCACUUUAGGAUACCAUGGUUCCAGUACCCAAUCAUCUAUGACAUACGGGCGAGACCAAGGAAGAUAUCCUCCUUAACAGGAAGCAAAGACCUGCAGAUGGUGAACAUCGCCCUGCGUGUGCUGUCUCGUCCUGUGGCCUCCAACUUGCCUGCCAUGUACCAGCAGCUAGGCAAAGACUACGAUGAAAGGGUGCUGCCAUCCAUCGUCAAUGAGGUGCUGAAGAGCGUGGUGGCCAAGUUCAACGCCUCACAGCUCAUCACGCAGAGAGCUCAGGUGUCCCUCAUGAUUCGACGGGAGCUAUUUGAACGGGCAAAGGAUUUCAACAUCAUCCUGGAUGAUGUGGCCAUCACAGAGCUGAGCUUCAGCAAGGAGUACACAGCCGCCGUGGAGGCCAAGCAAGUUGCCCAGCAGGAGGCGCAGAGGGCCUUCUUCUAUGUGGAAAAAGCCCUGCAGGACCAGCGGCAGAAGAUCAUCCAGGCUGAAGGAGAGGCUGAAGCUGCUAAAAUGUUGGGCCGAGCUGUGACAAAGAACCCUGGCUACCUGAAACUCCGAAAGAUCAGAGCUGCUCAGAACAUUGCGAAGACGGUGGCGACAUCACAGAACAAGGUUUACCUGAGUGCAGACAACCUGGUCCUGAACCUCCAGGACACCAGCAACAACUUCAGCAAUCUAAACAGGUUGGGAGAUGUAGGCUGGUCGAGCCCUCAGAUGGUCCCCACAGAUUUGCCAGAGAUUGAGAGAGAAUUGACGACCCUUGAGAUGACCGUUCCAGAGUUUGGGGAAGAACAAGACUUGAAGAGCGCAGAAAUUGUUAGCAUGGCUGUUCCAGGGACUCUUCCAGAGUUUGAGGAACAAUUAACAACCCCAGAGACCAUUGUUCCAGAGUUUGAGAAGGAACAAGUGUUGAAGAUCCCCGAGAUGGUCGCCGUUCCAGGGACAUUUGGGUCGGGAGCAGACCAGGCCCCUGAUAUCAAGGAGGCGGGCCCUGGGGACGAGGAGGACAAUGGCGAAGCUUGAACAUAGGUUUAUCGAUGCGGAAGUAAAAGGAAGCAUCUCUGAAUUGUGCAUUCCGAACUUUCGGUUUCAUCAAUUUCAUGUUCCUCAACGACACUGUGCUUCUCAACCCUCGUCCUGGAAGAUGGCUGUGUAUACAGUUUCUACAGAGUUAUUCACACAUUGAAGGCUGUUAUGUCCAAUUGGCCUGUGUCACGUUUGAUAUCAUGUUUCAGAUAGUUGCCUGGUUUUACUUUGUAUUCAAAUUGAAUGAAAAACUGAUACAUUGAAACCAGAUUGAACUGGAGUUGUAAUGGGCCAGCACGAAGGAUGACUGAAAGGACUGGUGUUGAGAACCAACUUUGUUACACAGUGUCUAGCUCUUGGCCCCGUUGAGAGUAGGAGUGCUGAUUUACGAUCUUGUUUUGCCUUUUAGAAGACUGUAACACACAUGGACAAGGAGACCAGAUUCUAGAUCUAUACUUGGUAGCUUUUGGGAAACUGACACUGGUUUGAGUAGAAAUGACUCAAGGACACUAAAUCACUUGCAGUUUUACAUUUGUAUUCUGUAACACUCGCUUUUUUUUUUUAUAUAUAUGAGUUAAUGGGAUCCUCCUGUGUUAUGACUGUGUGAAAUGAAGUGUCUUAUGGUGGAAAAAUAACAUCCUGUGUUAUGAAAUGUUACAGCUGAACGUACCCAAAUAUAAUCAUUCUUGUAUUCAAUUUACAGUUGACCUUAAUGUAAACAUUGUGUAUAUGGUCUCUUCUGCUUGACUCUGGAGGUCCUCAUUACUCUGUUAAUCCUAAAGCAUUCCAAUUGGGUUUGGAUAAAUAAACAUUUGUGUUUUUGGAGCACAACUGUAUUUAUAAUUUAA